AUGUAUUUUGGUAGUAGAAUUUACGGAUACCUAAUUUGUUUCUUUAGUUUCACUGCAUUUUGUGAUAGCCAGUGUCAGUUACCAAAUGAAUUAAGAGGAUCCUGGACAAGUUCGACCCUCGGAUCAUUAACGUUCAAUUCGACCACCUUAUCAGGAAUUGCGAUACCUCCAGAUUCUUGCGCGGAAAAAUGUCCACAGACAUUAGAUUGUUUCAUGAAAAAUGAAUCUCUGUAUCUUUUGAGAUCGCCAGUGUUUACCUCGGGAAAGGUUCCACUCAGAAUGUAUACUUGUUGGAGUAUGAGUGAUAUUUCAACAACUAAGAUAGUUUAUUUUAACGGUAUAGAAGAUCUUAAUGAGUUUACUAAAGACCGAUCAGUGUUUCGAGAUACCGAACCUAGUGAUAUUUAUACUAUUUGUAACAGACAUGUACCUUAUCCACCACAAACAUAUAAUUUACUCGUAAAAUCAGAUUCUACCCCAGUUACUGUUUGUCCAAAUGAAUUGCUUGGAAAAUAUGUAGACGAAACAAGUGACUGUUCACUUAAGGUAGAUAUGUGCUCUGAUGUUACCAAGUUUCAAGUUUCUUCUAAUAAUUGUUCAUCAAAGCCAUUUUAUUCCGAAAAUGGUAGUUUGAACUGUGUACACUCUGUGCAAAAUAAUGGAACAAAUUACGUUACACUUUACAAUAACGACAACACAUUAGACGCUUCCGAUACCUACAGGUUUACAUGUUUGACUAUCAAUAUGGUCGACGGUAAAAUGGAGAUUUCCGGGAAUCCAAAGGAAUGUUUUGAGAAUGUUUCUUCAACUUCCGAUUUCUACCAGAUGUCACCUCUAGCUAUCACUACAACUGUACCAACAAACACAACAGUACCAACAGAAUUAGGAACAGCAGAAGUUGUAGGGCUGUCAUUUGGUGUCAUCUUCGUUCUACUUUUAUUACUUCUUCUUCUGUGUUGUCUGUUUUGGCGCCAAAACAAACGGAAACAGAAGCAGAAAUUUGAUUUGGAAAGAGAAAGACGUCUGCAAUCACGUGAUGAUGAUAACGUCAGAUUGAUAGGUGCUCACCGAGAUAGAGCAGAAUCACAAGGUAGUGAUUCGGGAGACUCUGGUUUGGGACACGGUCAAAAUAACUUACUGAGAGUAUACUCUGAGGAAUACCGUCCAAACAGUGGUAAAUACAGACCUGGUCCAAUAGAAAGAAAGCUUCUUAUUAAUAAACACGGUCAAAAAAUCUUAGUCGAUCAGAGCGAUACAACUACAAGACCAAUAUCCAGUAGAAGUAGAAGAAGCCGUUUGGGUGCUGAUGCUCACGAUGUCGAAGAAGAUAGUGAAUCAUUUAGAUGCAGAAAAAGUCGUUUGGGUGUUGAUGUACAUGUUGAUGCAGAUGGUGAAUCAUUUAAAAGCAGAUCUUCACGACGAACAAUCAUACAGAAGCGAAUACUUCCAGACGGCACAGAGGUUGAAGAAGAGAUCGAUAUUUAUGACUCUGACUCUGAUAAUGAACUCUGGUAUAACUCUGAUGAGCAGUAUGAGGAUAACCUUAGUGAUAAGAUACACGAUGCUGAAGUAAAGAGAGAAAACAGUUUCUAUAUGUUUCAGCCACCACUUCCAGUAUCUCCAAAUCCAAUAACUCGACGACAAGACGAAAAGAGAAAUGAGGUAGAAAAACCUAAGAAAUCAAGAGGCAGUAUAUUCAAAUCCUUAGCUAGAAAAUUAAGGGGUAGUAAUGAGGUUGACGACAUAGAAAAUCAACAAAGUUCCAAGCACGGAAGUCGAAAUCGUAAACGGGGAGACAAAUAUAACAACACGUUCAUUGAUUCCGGGGGCUCUAAGCGAUCCAAAGAUAAACAGGAAAUAGACGAAAACCGGAAGCAGUUAGAUGAGGACAGAACACCUUACUUAGAAGAGUAUCGUCAUAAGAAAUCAAUAGAGCACGCAUUAGAUGACGAAGGAUUCUUUGAUGAACCGGAUUCUAAGAAAAGGGCUUCUGAUUUAUUUAAGUUCUAUGACGAACAUAAAGAAAUCAACUCAUUGUCACCAAUAGAAGGAAAUAGUAUCCACAGUUUUGGUCAUUCUCAGUCCCGUUUAACGACGCCAGCAUUAAAUUCAGCGAAUCAUAAUCAUAGUCCCGUACCACAAGGUUGUCAAAGAGAAGACACGUAUGGCGACCUUCAGUAUUUGGAAUCAUUUAGGUUGUCAAAGGCAUCCAACGGUUCUCAUUAUUUACAUCCAGAUACGUCAUUGAAUAGCAAUAAUUCGUCGGCAUCUCAUAUCCCAUCAAGAGGAAAUCACAUUUUUGGAAACAUGAAUAAUUCGCAUAUAACUAGCUCUAGCUUAAAGGUUAAUAGAAAUUUAUAUAAAGACUCAGAUAGCAAUUUCAUCGAUCUAAAUGAUAAAAGUACAGAUGGGUAUAAUUACGGGAUAAAAAAUACUGGUAAUUGGAGUAAAGAUGGCUCUUUUCUGAAUGAUAAACGUAGAAAUGGUUCUUCGAUUAGAUCCAACGGCAAGGAAUUCAAGACUAUUAAUUUUCAUGAUCCAGAUUCAACAGAUGCCUUGUCCAGUCGAUCAGCCUAUUCUUCAAGAGGAAAGAAAUCAAAGGUUCACUUGCUUCACGUUAACGAAUACUCAUCUAGUCCCACAAGUUCUCAACGCCCAUCAACAAUAACCUUACCGUCCAUGAGCUCAGAGAUGUCCAGUUUGAAAUUCCAGAAACCAUCGUAUACGUCCCAGCUGUCAUCUGUUAGUUGUUGGUCUAAAUCGAGUUACGAUGGAUAUUGGUCAGGUUUAGAUAGAUAUAACGCCGAGAAAAAUCACCUCGAUUUCAGUGCUGACGAAUAUCCAGUAUGGUUAUCGAAGGGUAAAAGUCACCUUUCUUUUGUCAAAGAUCUCAAUAAAAAGCAAACCGAAGCUACAAGUUUGUUUACUCGUGUAAAAGGACCACAACAUGAUAGAGACUUGGAUGGAUUAUUGAGUCCUAGACAUAAUAUACCUGGUAAACGAAGCCGUACACCAACGUCAUUGUCAGAUCGUUACAUCAGCGUGACGCCUCGCUCGGCUAGACUACAUUUUCCAAUACACGAUAAAGGGAGACUAAAACGUCUGCUGGAAGAACUGUAUUUAGAUAAGAAAUAUAUGGAUAGGCUGUAUACACAAACUGUGGGUGCUAGAGAUAAAUGUGAAAAAGACGCUCAUGAUUUGUCUGAAGAUGGUGGACAGUUUUUAAAUCAUGUGGCCAGGUACUGGGAAGAACAAAAACCGUUGCCACCAAUAUUACGUCUUCACAAAGAGAUCACUUAUCCAAGUUCUAGUAUUGAACAUCAAAGUAGUUAUACAUAAAACUGUGUAGUCGUUGUUUUAAUAAUAUAAUUAGUAGAUACGAUGU